AUGACAAGAAUGUCAGAUAAUCCUCUUUUGCUUGGAAGAGUCAUAGGAGAUGUGGUUGAUCCUUUCUCUCCAACCCUAAAAUUCACAGUCACUUACAACUCCAACAAGAAAGUCUACAAUGGCCAUGAGUUGUUUCCUUCCAUAGUUACAAUUAAGCCAAAAGUUGAGGUUCAUGAUGGUGAUAUGAGGUCCUUUUUCACACUGGUCAUGACUGACCCUGAUGUUCCUGGCCCUAGUGAUCCUUACUUAAGGGAGCACUUACACUGGAUAGUGACAGACAUCCCGGGAACAACUGAUGUCACAUUUGGAAGAGAGAUAGUGAGCUAUGAAAUGCCAAGGCCAAACAUAGGAAUACACAGGUUUGUGUUCGUGGUGUUUAAGCAGAAGAGAAGGCAAACAGUGGUGAUGACUCCUCCUUCGAGAGAUGGCUUCAACACUCGUCACUUUGCUCAACUCAACGACCUUGGUCCUCCUGUUGCUGCUCUUUUCUUCAACGCUCAAAGGGAGACUGCCUGUAGAAAACGAUGACGUUUCAUCUCUAUCUAUCUAUCUAUAUAUAUAAUAAUAAUAUAAUAAUUAAGAUAUAUGAUAUUAUUAGUAUUA